GAAAUUUGGGACUGGUUUUAUUAGUUGUGGUAGAUUCCAGACUCCACAACCCCAUGUACUAUUUUCUGAGUGUACUGUCCUCCUUAGAUGCCUGCUUUUCUUCAGCUGUCACCCCAAAAAUGUUGGUCAAUUUCCUAUCAGAGGAUAAGGGCAUUUCAUUCCUUGGAUGUGCUACACAGAUGUGGCUCUUUGUCACUUUUGGGACCACAGAAUUCUUUCUCUUGGCAGCCAUGGCCUAUGACCGUUUUGUAGCAAUCUACAACCCACUUCUGUACUCAGUUAACAUGUCAUCCAGAGUCUAUAUGCCGCUCAUCAUUUCUUCCUAUGUUGCUGGUAUUUUGCAUGGUACGUUAGAGACAGCGGCAACUUUCAGCCUCUCCUUCUGUGCAUCCAAUGAAAUCAGACAUGUCUUUUGUGAUAUCCCUCCACUCCUUGCUAUCUCCUGUUCUGACACUCAUAUCAACCAGCUUCUCCUCUUCUAUGUUGUGGGCUGUAUUGAGAUAGUCACCAUCCUGAUUGUCCUGAUCUCCUAUGGUUUCAUUUUGGUGCCCAUUCUGAGGAUGCGUUCUGCUGAAGGGAGGAGAAAAGUGUUUUCCACAUGUGGCUCUCACCUCACUGGAGUGUCCAUUUACUGUGGAACAAUCCUGUUCAUAUAUGUGAGGCCAAGUUCCAGCUACGCUUCGGACCAUGACAUGAUAGUGUCUGUAUUUUACACCAUUGUGAUUCCCAUGCUGAAUCCCAUCAUCUACAGCUUGAGGAACAAGGAUGUGAAAGAAGCAAUGGAAAAUU